GACCGAUCAUCCGACAUGUGUCCUAUCUUCGUCCCCUAACUCUUUCUCCGUCUCUUCCCUUGUCCACGUCUUCCUUCGAUUUCGAAGAAGAAGACAACGACCUCGAACUCGAAUAAUCUGAUUCUCCUCCCUCUUAACCUUCAUCUCCACCUUCUCCCCCAUCGCCAUGAGCUUUUCUACUGAACAGGUCAUCAACGAACGACUAAUGAGACCUAGGGGGCACAUCUCGUCGAUACGACAGGUGCAACGGCCAGAUUUGCUCCGAUUUGCGGCUUUUUUCAGUACGGCGGCCAUCCACGCGGCGACGGAAUUUUGGUUCGCGCAAACCAGCGAGCGAGCAAGAGUAUUGGCCGAGGUGUCGACUUUCCUGUGGCUGUCUCCACCGGGUGUCAGCCACGUGACAGCGAUCGUCGCCUUCAUCGGCGAUCUUACUGCUUUGCAUCCGACGGCUCAUCCAAGUGAUAAAGACGAGGAGGACGAAGUUCCCGAUGAUGACGUGGAGCUGCUGAUCGUGCAAGCCUGGAGGACGGACACGGAGGGGGAGCUGUUGGGGAUACUCUUCGGGAAAGUGCGCGACGGACACCUCGAGCCAAUUACGAGUGAAGUUUUGGUGUUCCUGGCCCAACUUGUGCACGAUCUACCUUUGGAGAUCCUUUCGUGCUGCAACGAACGAUCCACGCCCACGGCGCUCCCUCGAACGUUGGCCCCACAACUAUUGUGGUCCACGUGCACGAAACUUGACAGCGAUAAUAUCUACCUCCCUUCAACGGGCGACUAUUUAGUCAUCGAUGUGACCGAUAUCACCUUGUGGGAUCCGGUCAUUCGACGAGUGGAGGUAGGAACGGGAGAGGAGGAAGAAGAACGAGAAGAAGAGGAGGAAGAGAGGGAAGGCACAAACGAAGAAGAAGAAGACUCGGAGGCCGGAUCGAACGACCCGGACAAUCGCGAAUCGGAGGAAACAGGGUCGGAAGGAAGUGGGUCGGAAGAAUCAGGCGGUUCCGACGAACAGAGUGAGGAGGAAGACGAAGCAGUGGCUCAGAGGCGAAGGAAGAAGGUAGAAGGGAAGCACCCCGUACAGGAGUCGGACAAGCCAGGCGAGAGGCUGUUGCAAGACGAUCCAGCGCUCAACCCGGAGCUACCGCAAGAGGAAUCCGGAGGAGAUGGCGUCGCCACCGCGAGAGACACAUCCACCCAGUUCUCAGAUAUACCCCUAGCCACAGAGACAGAAAUUGCAGUCGCACCAUUGGUGACAGAGAGGCGGUGGUCUUCUUUAUCCCGCAACAAUUCAAAGGAUAAUGAUGGAGCAGCAGCAGGAGCAGGAGCAGGAGCAGGAGCAGGAGCAUCUACAGCACCGUCUGCCUCUGGCUAUGGCCAUCUCAAUGAAAGGAGGAGGUCCUCUUUCAGGGCCAGCAGUCCACGGGUUGAAGGAGUAGCCACCAGCACAAGUUCCAGAGGAGGCAGCUCCGGUCAGAUCGAGGCAUGGUCCGACCGUGCUUCCGGCAGCACAAGCGCCAGAGGGAGCAUCAGAGGGGGCUCCAUCGACAUCAGCAGCGUAUGCCUCCGAAGCGAAGAAUCACAAAAGCUGUGGAAACAGGGCUGGUUAAUGCAAGAAGGGCGGGGGUCCAGAGGCUGGGAAAGGCGCUUCUUCGUACUGCAAGGUCCAUUGCUCUGCUGCUACAGUUCUGACAACCUGCGACAUUUCAAGGGAUCAGUGAAAAUGGACCCGGAGUCCACGGUUCGCAUUGUAACGCGCGCAGAUGGCGAGGACAUAUACCUUCAGUGCGUUCCUGACAAGGACACUCGGUUGUCCAUACUUCCAGUUGCGCCUUCUGAAGAUCCUCAGCCCUUUGUUGUUCAUACAAAGGUCCACAUGCUGAAAUUCUGCACGCUUGGUAUGGAGGACGCCUUAGAAUGGAAAAAGGGUGCGUGCCGUAUCGUGUGUCAUGUGGACUUUGGAGUCAGUGCCAUAGUCCCAGAUCACUGUCCCAGGUAGACAUACAUUGCCACUGGCCCACAUAGUUUGGUCCCACUGUC